AUGGCCCUUCGAGAAGAGACCGGCAGCUCCGAUUCUGAAGACGAGCUUCGGAGAGGAGAUGAGCAAGACAAGCGCCGAAUAGGACCUUCACCAGACCACCCCUCGAAGCCCGCCGGAGUGCGCGAAGGGGAUCAUCAACUUCAAAACGACGCCCUCAAGAGGGGAAACGACGAAGAAACGACGCCGUCGUCCGAUCCCUUAGGAUCUAGGCUUUCACCCGAAGAAGUGAACCCGAGGGUGCGAAGGUCGAAGAGCUCCACGACCGCCCCCAAGGAGGAUGGCGACAUCCGCGGACGCCGCGCGAUCAGGCUUUCGCCCGGAGCAACCGAAACCUUCACCUCCUCGCGCGGCCGGACAGCAAGACGGAGCAUCGCCGCCAGCCCGCACCCCGCUGAAAACACACCUCCAACGCGGCAGCAGCGCCACCGCCACAAAGGAGCCACCGUCGAGAUCCCGGAACAGCCGCCCAGCACUGCUGGUGCCCCGGCCCGACCAGAACUAGGACCACGGGCGGACGAGACACCGCGCACGCUGGGCAGAGACCUACGGCCCGGGCGCCGCCGCCGUGACCUGCCUCCCCACCAGCCUUCCGGGCGGCCGCCCCGCCACCGGGAGAGCGCGCCGCCGCACCUCAGCCCAGGCCGGCCCGCACCAGGCCCUCGCGGCCUGCGCAGCGGCGCCGCGGCCGCAGCCGGCCGACGCCCUCGAGCCUGCGCCGACGCCUCCAGGACCUCCGCCGCACCCUCGCCCCACCGGGCCCGCGCCGAGCACCCGCCGACGGGUCAUCGUGCCGCACCAUGCGACCCCACAACCGCCGCCUCAACGCGCGCAGGAGAGGUGUCGGGGCGCCCGCCAAGCCCUCCGCCUUCGGCGGCCGGGGCGCCCGCCACCGCCGCCGGCGCCGGCGGCAGCAGCGGCUAG